UUAACGAACGAACCAAACGGAGCCUUCCACAAUGGGCAUUGGCUAUGGACCUGCCGACGAGCAGCUGGAAAAACAGAUCGGCUGCGUGAAGUACACGCUGUUCUGCUUCAACAUUAUCGCCUGGAUGAUAUCGACGGCGCUGUUCGCCUUGACCGUUUGGCUGCGUGCCGAGCCGGGCUUCAAUGACUGGUUGCGCAUCCUGGAGGCGCAGGCCUUUUACAUUGGCGUCUACGUGCUGAUCGCCAUCAGCAUCAUCAUGAUGGCCGUCAGCUUUCUGGGCUGUCUCAGUGCGCUCAUGGAGAACACGCUGGCUCUCUUCGUAUUCAUUGGCACACAGAUAUUCGGCUUUAUUGCCACUGUGGCCGGCUCGGCCAUAUUGCUGCAGUACAGUACAAUUAAUUCGAGCCUGCAGCCGCUGCUGAAUGUGUCGCUGCGGCGAUUUGUGUCCACUUCUGAGUACUCCUACUCUAACUAUGUGCUGACCAUGAUCCAGGAGAAUAUUGGCUGCUGCGGUGCCAGCGGACCGUGGGACUAUUUGGACUUGCGCCAGCCAUUGCCCAGCUCGUGCCGCGACACCGUCAGCGGCAAUGCCUUCUUCAGUGGCUGCGUGGACGAGUUGACCUGGUUCUUUGAGGGCAAAACUUCCUGGAUUGUGGGACUGGCCAUGCUGAUGGCAAUGCUAUCGGUGAUCUGUGGCGUUAUGAGCUUUGUUCUAGUCCAGGCCGUCAAGAAGGAGGAGGAACAGGCGAGCAACUACAGACGCUAAGAGCUGACAUAAAGCCAA